AUGUAUACAAACUAUCACAGCCAACAGCCAUCUUACAGCACAAUGGAUCCAAGCACACUGUUCAACUAUCCAAUGGACGAUUCAAUUGACUCGUUGCUGUUCAAUAGCACUCUUCAACAGCCUACAACUUAUGACCAUUUGAUCAACAACCACGCUACCGACCUUUAUUUGACAAACUACAGCCCUCAUACUCUAUCAAACAGCACGGCAAUGUUGACGGCAACAAACAAUACCUAUUUGCGUCACACAGCAUUGCCCACUGCUUCCGCUUCUGCCAACAUCCAUCCUCUUCAAAUACUGCAACAGCAACAACAACAACAACAACAGCAACCACAGCAGGACGACUUUAUGAUGUCUCCUUCCGUAGAUACCUUAUUAUUCAAAGACACAACCUCAUUAGAUUAUUUGGGCUUUGACACUACCAUGAUGCCAAAUGUCUUUGAUUCAGGUGAAUCCCGCUUCAGCGAGUCUAAUCGAGAUGAGGAAGAAGAAGAGCAGCUACUGUCUCCUGUACAAUCCCCUCAUUUGGAUGAUAUUUUUGGCUCAUCGAGUAGUCCAGAACCUGAAGAAAACGAGCAUGCGUUCAGUAACAAAGCUGAAUCUCAAAUCAUCACUGACAACGAAUCUGCAUUGAUGCUGGACCAUCAAGAUGAAUCUGAUCAAGAGUUACUGGAUAACACUGAGCAUGCUAUCUUUUCCGACUUGGAAGAUGAUGAUGUAGAGGAAGAGGAAGAGGAGGACGACGAUGAUGAUGAUGAUGAUGAUGACUCUGAUUCUGAUUGGGAGACUCAUGUUAAAUCUAAAAGAACUGCCUCAUUGCCAUCUGCGGCAUUAUCUGCCAAGAAAAAGCCUGGAAACAACAAGACCAAGAGCAAGAGAUCCGAGUCACUUCCAUCGGCAACGGCUUCUAUAAACGCAUCAGAAACUACAUGUUCUAAUUGUGGAACAACAAAUACACCCUUAUGGCGCCGCAACUUGGAUGGCAAUCCACUCUGUAACGCAUGUGGGCUCUUUCUGAAACUGCAUGGCAAGGUUCGACCAUUGAGUUUGAAAACCGAUGUCAUAAAGAAGCGAAACAGAUCUCCUAGUGGCAACAAAUGUCGCAGCAGCAGUAGCACUGGUAUUAGCAAGAAAAAGACGACGGGAAGACGCACAAAGAAUAGCAAAAGAAAGAGUAAACCAAGGGGCCAUGCUACGGAUGAAAACGGAAAUUAG